AUGUCAAACGUCCAUACACAAUCCCAAUUACCAGUGACCAAUGUUGCAACCAAUGAUCAAGCUCCUGAUUUUUAUUUGAAAAUUCAUGAUGAAUAUAAAAAAACAAAGUAUGGGAAAGAAAUUCAUCAAACAAAUUUAAUCAUAGAAUUUUACAAAUACUUAGUUAGAAAUCCUGAAAAGGUUGUUCAAGAUUUAAGAACUUCAGGUCAUCGUACAGGAACAUUAUCAAUUGGUCUUUUCCGGUCUUUUUUACAAGAUUAUCAAGAAAUUAACGAAGCUACAAGAUCCUUCUACAAGAUAGAUAUUCUUGAUUUAAAUCAAAUAAGCAACAGUGGUAUAUACGGUGAUAAAGAACAAGAAGCUAAAAAUCUCAUAACAUUGUAUGCUAGUAAAGCAUUUAAGAAUAUUUUCAAAUUAUCAGGGGGAAAUGUUGAUGGGGUUGCAGCACAAAUAAAAUUAUGUGAUUUACAACUUGGUUAUGGUACUGGCCAUUUACUCUUAAAUGCAAAGCAAGAUUACAUGCUUUUAGAUAAUACAUCGUUGGUUAACUUAAUUGUUCAUACAAUAUUAAGUUCGGAAGAGUCUUACAAAUACCAAACAACAAGAGAUCGUAAGAGAGUCUUCUCAAAGAAAAUUAAUGAAAAAAUUAUGUCAAAAAUUAAUGAAAUUGAAGUGGUUUAUAAAUCCAAAUUUUUGAAUGUUAAUAAUUACUUGGAAAGUAAAAUUCAAGCAAUUCUAAGUUUAAUGCUAGAUAUUCAGAAAACAUUAAAUAAUGACUCAAAAUUAUCAACAAUAAAUUCCAAAGAAAAUGUUUCAACUGAUGAUAAUCAAUUAUUAAAUGAACCUAAACAUCAUUUAGAUCAAUCACCAAAGAAGAGUUCAAAUAUGGAAAAUGUUUCAACUGAUGAUAAUCAAUUAUUAAAUAAUCCUAAACAUAAUUCAGAAAAAUCACCAAAGAAGAGUUCAAAUAAAGAAAAUGUGUCAACUGAUGAUAAUCAAUUAUUAAAUAAACCUAAAUCACCAAAGAAGAGUUCAAAUAAAACUGGUAAAAGAUCUGAUCCAAGCUUUGAUUCUAGGUCAUUAUCAAGAACUCAAGAUAAAAGUAAUGUUAUAGGCUGUCGUAUUGUUUAA